UCAUUCUCACUUUUAACUUUCACAAAACGAGGAUUAGAAGCGGAAAUUUUGAUCGAUAAAUGCUUUGUUUCCUGUUCAAAAAUCAUUUUACCACCGUAYCAUGGUAUUUCCGAGGUCAGAGAAGAAAUGUCUAACGGUCUUAUGCUUUAGUUUGUUGUUUUUAAGUGGUUUCCUGUUCUGUCCAACUUCUUCUUCUCCGGAGUUCAAGAAAGGUGUUAAUGGCGGAGUAUACUGUGCUGCUUGUACUGCUGUAGCAGCUUUAACUAACCAACUAAGCGUCAUACAUAACGAGACGUUCGUCAAGUCGUUUGACAGACUGUGUAGGCUUCUGCCAGAACCGAUAUUCAAGAGUGCUUGUGUUGCUUUGGGAAAUUACUAUAUUCCUCGGAUUGUGCAGAUUCUGACUAAAGAUGUGACUGCAGAUGUCAUUUGUCACGCUAUUGACCUCUGCUACACAGAAAAGGGGCAGCCAACAUGCAAGGGCUUUCCUCCUAGAGGAAAUUUUGACUCUAUCCUUAAUGAAGCAAAAAGGAAAAUUGCUAUCGCACAAGCCAAGGGGAAAGUAAAAAUACAAGAGAACCCAAAAUCUCCACAUUUUGACCCUUGUGUCCUUCCUGGUGUCAGAGAACUUUGUCACCUGUUUAAGAGAGUAUUUGAUUCUCAUCAUCCUCUUGUUGAUUAUGAUAAUGAUUACUUUAGUCCUACGGUUGAUGCUUGGCGCGGCACUUCCUGGCGUGGGAGAGACUGUGAUGAUUUCAACCCUGAUGUACGCCCUGGUGCUAUUGACCAGGGAGACAUUAUCCUGGACACUAACUGUAAUGGAAUUUGGGGAAUUCAUGAUCUACUCACCAUGCGAACCAAUGAAGAAGUUCUUUGCAAAGAUACUGGGUAUCAAGGUUUAGUUGUCCUGGGAGAUUCAGUGGCUGCUCAUUUCCAUCUUCCUCCUCAGUGGCUGACAGCUUCAGAAAUCAAAGAGUCAGUGUUUGACGAGGCCCCCUUUGUUGUCGGAAAUGAAGUUGAUUGGCCACAGCUUUCAUUGUACACUGGUCAUUACAAUGUCUCAAGGUGGAAACUAGAAAAGGGAAAUUGCUCUUCGCUUUACUUAAAGCUUUUCAAUCGAAAUCACUGCAAUCACCGUGACUACCAAAACCUUGCCAAAAAUGGAGCAGAUUCCUUUGAUGUCAAUAAUAUCCUUCUCAAGUCACUCAACCGCAACAAGAAAACAGAUCAACCAGUGCUUUUAUUUUAUUCAUUAGUUGGAAAUGAUGUCUGUAAUCAUUGGCAUGAUUUUGAUCACAUGACUACCCCCGAGCAAAUGAGAGCCAAUCUUCAAAAGACCUUAGAUACACUUGACAAACAGCUACCUAAAGGAAGCCAUGUUAUUGUCGUUGGAAUGGUAGAUGGCCGAGUAUUGUAUGAUAACUUACACAACCGAAUUCAUCCAAUUGGAAAACUGCGAGGUGAUGUUACAUACUCCAAGUUUUAUGACUUCUUAAACUGCCUUGAUAUAUCUCCGUGUUAUGGUUGGAUGAACAGUAACGAGACAGUCAGGAACUUUACAUCUGAGAGAGCAUUUGCCUUGACUGCUGUCAUGAAGGAUGUUGCAGAGAAGGCUAAAUAUGAAAGUUUUGACGUGUUCUUUCUAGAUAACCCAUUUUAUGAGGUUAUUAAGGAAUGGGUUGCUGGAGGCCAUGAAAUCUGGGAGCUUAUAGAACCCUCAGAUGGGUUUCAUCCAAGACUGAUAGCGGAGUCAUUAACAGCAGAUAUAGCAUGGAAGAUCUUGGAGUCAAAAUUGCCGCAUGUGUUGGGAAAGAUAAAUCCAAAUAAUGACAAAAUAGUGGAGAUGUUUGGAAACCAGGGAGGAUACUAAGUCUAUAACAGGUAUUUGAAUUAAAAAUAAAGUCUUACAAAAAUCAAAUAGUAAUAUUUGAUAUAACUUAUGGAUGGAUUGAUUUAUGGAAGAAAAUCGUAACAAUAGAGUAAUUAAUGGGUUAAUUAAUGAUGAUUGCUUUAUGAGUUAAUUAAAUUACUUUAUCCACCUUUCAGUUUUGAAUGAUCCCAUUUUAAAUAUAAAAGCCUUUGCAACAUAUUAAGCCAUAGCUUUAAUUAAUA